UGCGCGUGUGCUGGGUUUGUUGAUGCUGAGGGAGCCUCUUGUGCAUCAAAAAACAGGCGCAAAAAGAGAGACAGCCUCUAACUUCCUGCCUUAUCCUUCCUCUGCCUCGCCUGACCGACCGCCUUGUGCCUCCUGCACGGCGGGGAGUGGCGAGCCUCUUUGAGCGCAGACUCGCAAAGUCGUCCGUCUUCCAUGUGGGAUUGUUCGCGAUUCGUGCCUGGCGGAGCGAGCGAGCGUUUCGGCAGCAGCAGCAGCAGCCGGCGCCGGGCCUCUUUGGCUUGCACUGGGCUCGGCCUUUUCCCAUCACCCUCAUCCCGGGAGGGGGUGGAGGAGCAGGAGUAGCAGCGGACCUCGCAGUCAGCAUCGCCUUUUGGUUGGAGCACAGUCGGCGGUGUGAAUGAGCUGCCGGAGCCGAACCAGCGAUGGCGGUUCUCAAAUUGGCCGACCAGCCUCCUCUCAUCCAGGCCAUCUUCAGCGGAGACCCUGAGGAGAUCCGAAUGCUUAUAUACAAGUCUGAAGACAUCAAUGUUCUGGAUGCUGAAAAGCGCACUCCACUGCACGCAGCGGCCUUCCUGCGCGAUGCCGAAAUCACCGAGCUCCUUAUCCUCUCCGGCGCCCGCGUCAACGCCAAGGACAACAUGUGGCUCACCCCCCUGCAUCGUGCCGUGGCGUCACGCAGCGAGGAGGCAGUCCGAGUGUUGAUCCGCCAUUCGGCCGACGUCAACGCUCGUGACAAAAAUUGGCAGACGCCUCUCCACGUAGCCGCCGCCAACAAUGCGCUGCGCUGCGCCGAGAUCAUCAUCCCGCUGUUGAGCAGCGUGAACGUGUCUGAUCGUGGCGGACGCACCGCCUUGCACCACGCUGCCCUCAAUGGCCACACAGAGAUGGUGAACCUCCUUCUCUCCAAAGGAGCCAACAUCAACGCUUUUGACAAGAAGGAUGGACGGGCAAUGCACUGGGCCGCUUUUAAGGGUCAUUUGGAUGUGGUGUGUUUACUGGUGAGCCAGGGGGCGGAGAUCUGCUGUAAAGACAAGCGAGGGUACACGCCUCUUCAUACGGCGGCGUCAAGUGGACAGAUAUUAGUGGUGAAGCAUCUGCUCAACCUGGCUGUGGAGAUUGAUGACUCCAAUGCCUUUGGCAACACGCCGCUACACGUAGCUUGUUUCAACGGCCAGGACGCCGUUGUCAAUGAGCUCAUCGACUAUGGCGCAAAUGUCAGCCAGCCAAACAACAAGGGCUUCACGCCACUGCACUUUGCCGCAGCUUCCACGCACGGAGCCCUAUGUCUAGAAUUCCUGGUGAACAACGGCGCCGACGUCAACGUGCAGAGUCGAGACGGGAAAAGUCCUCUCCACAUGACGGCGGUGCAUGGUCGCUUCACUCGCUCUCAGACUCUCAUCCAGAAUGGUGGUGAGAUCGACUGCGUGGACAAGGACGGCAACACUCCGCUGCAUGUUGCCGCUCGCUACGGCCACGAGCUCCUCAUCAACACGCUUAUCACCAGCGGAGCCGACUGCACCAGGCGAGGCGUCCAUGGCAUGUUCCCUCUGCACAUGGCGGCGUUGAACGCUCACUCGGACUGCUGCCGCAAGCUGCUUUCCUCAGGCCGGAGGUUUAGCAUUAUGUGUAACGACUCGGUCCUGUGUGCAGGCUUUCAGAUCGACACCCCCGACAGUCAGGGGAGGACUUGCCUGCACGCCGCUGCUGCAGGAGGCAACAUGGAGUGUGUCAAACUUCUCCUCACGAGCGGCGGCGACCACAACAGGAGGGACAACUGUGGCAGGACUUCGCUGCACUAUGCCGCUGCCAGCCGCCACUAUCAGUGUCUGGAGACGCUGGUCGCUUGCGGGACUGCCAUCAAUGCCACCGACAAGUGGGGGCGCUCCGCUCUGCACUACGCUGCGGCUUCAGAUCUGGACAGAAGGCGACGUGUCGCUCUGGAACCUGACAGUGAAGGAGUCCAGGCAGAGAGGGAGAAAGAGGCAGCGCUCUGUUUGGAGUUCCUGCUUCAGAGCGGGGCGACGGCCUCACUUAAAGACAAACAAGGAUACAGUCCAGUUCACUAUGCCGCCGCUUAUGGACACAAACACUGCUUGGAGCUGCUGCUGGACAGAGAUGAUGGUUACCACGACGAUCUUGAAUCCCCAGAUGCCAGGAGCCCCCUGCACCUUGCUGCAUACCACGGCCACGCUCAGGCCCUUGAGGUUCUGCUGCAGGGAGAGAGGGAGGUGGACCGGGUGGACGAAGCCGGCCGCACCCCCUUGGCCAUGGCGGCGCUUCGGGGCCACGCCGACUGCGUUCACAUACUCCUCAGCCAGGGGGCCUCAGCACGUACUUGUGACCCUCAGCACAGGCGCACCCCCGUGCACCUGGCAGUAAUGAAUGGUCACACGACGUGUUUGCGCCUCCUGCUGGACGAAUCGGACAGCGCAGAUCUCGCGGACAUCACAGACUCUCAGGGACAGACACCUUUGAUGCUCGCUGUGGUCGGGGGUCACGUUGACGCUGUGUCUCUCCUUCUUGAGCGGGAGGUGGACGUCAACAUGGCUGACAAAUACGGGAUGACCGCACUGCACCUCGGGUUGUUGUGUGGCCAGGAGGAGUGCGUCCAGUGUCUGCUGGAGCAAGAGGCAUCUAUUUUGCUGGGAGACGCGCAGGGUCGCACCGCGAUCCACCUGGCGGCGGCGAGAGGCCACGCUUCCUGGCUGAGCGAUCUGCUGAGCAUGGCCUGCCCCGAACCCGACUCGUUGCCUCCCCUCCGAGAUCACCACGGCUACACGCCGCUGCACUGGGCUUGCUACCACGGUCACGAGGGCUGUGUGGAGGUUCUGCUUGAGCAGAAGGGUUGUCGCUGCAUUGACGGGAACCCGUUCACACCACUGCACUGUGCUGUUGUGAACGACCACGAAGCCUGUGCAUCUUUGCUGUUGGAGGCAAUGGGAUCAGACAUCACUGGCUGCAAGGAUGCCAAGGACAGAACGCCCCUCCACGCAGCAGCCUUCUCAGGUCACGUAGACUGUGUCCAGCUGCUCCUUUCUCACGACGCGGCGGUUGACGCUGCAGACCAAUCGGGUCGCACUGCACUGAUGAUGGCGGCCGAGAGGGGCCGCGCCGGGGCACUCGAGGUUCUACUCAACAGCGCCACCAACUGCCUCCAUUACAUUGAUAAAGAUGGCAACACUGCCCUGCAUCUGGCAUGUAAAAAUGGAAAGGAAGACUGCGUUCUACUCAUCCUGGAGAAGUUAUCUGAUUCCACACAAAUAAACGCCACCAAUGCCGCGCUACAAACUCCUCUCCACCUGGCGGCCCGCAGCGGACUCAAACAGGCGGUCCAGCAGCUGUUGUCCCAAGGGGCCAACAUUCAGACGGUGGAUGAGAACGGUUUGACCCCCGCUCUGGCUUGCGCGCCCAGCCGGGAGGUGGCCGACUGCCUGGCGCUCAUUCUGGCUACCAUGAUGCCUUUCUGCUCCCCUUGCAGCUCCGGCGCCCCCUCCCCUGGCGCCCUGCUGAGGCAGCUGCCACUUAAGGGACGCAAAGACCCUGUCGCGUCCAACGCCCAGCGUGGCCCGCGCCGUACCAGGAACCCCUCGGGACCCUCCAGCGAGGGGACCACGGAGAACGACUCGGAGGAUUCGGAAACUUUCUGACCCUUUCCGGCGGGCGAAUUCCGCUGUCUGCCAUCUUUCCUAGAAGAAGACGCGGGUCGCUUGCAUGUUAGCGUUUCUGAUUUCUCUACACGGGUGCUCAAAUCCAAACUGACCUCGGUACGUCCUUGCGAAAAGGUUUUUUUUAAAAGCAAUUUUAGCAGUUGUUUUUUUGUACAUAUAUUUUAGGGUUUGUUUUUUUGCUUUGAUGCACUAAAUAAGCAGCUUUUACACAACAUUAUGUUUAUAUAUUUACACACUGGGUGGAUUCUUUCACUCAUUGCCUGCCAUUGAUAACGAAAGACGUCCAAUUUAUUUAUUUAAGUUGAGAGGACUGGCUGUGAAUGCGUAUGUUUGACUACCACUGACGGCGCUAGACAUUCCAAUCCAUUUUGACUGGGAAGGUUGGCAGAUUAUAGUGAUGAUCUGAUGGUUGGAGAUUUCGGUUAUAAUUUGCAAUAAUUAAUCAGCGACACUGAAGUCAUGUUACACAUUCUCCAAUUAGUGAGAUUAUAUUUAUAAUCAAACUCAUACAUUCCAAAACACUGCACUUAUGACCAUUUUUUAUAUUACAUUAAAACAAAUAUUCUUAAUAUAUAAAGCCAUGUCUUAUUCAGUUGUAUGAUUUUUAAAUCUAAAUCCAAACCAAAUAAACACUACACAACUAAAACAUAUUUCUUGUCAAUUCACAUUUCUUCUCAUCAUGUAUGCAUUGAAUUUACCCAUAUGAGCUUUGACUUUGUCAGAAUAAUAUUUCUGUAAUAUUGUACAUUUAAUGUGAGUCUAAUGACAGUCUCUUACAGUUUAAAUAAUAUUUAAAUACACGGAACAGUUAAUGUUUAAUAUCAACGGAACAAGUAUCCUAAAAUGGAGGCCGUUCAACUUACACACGAUUCAGUUAGUACAAACUAGCUUAUGUUAACAGGCCUCGUUCUGCUAUUAACGUUAGCAUUGCUAUUAGCUCGCUAAUCUCCGAACUUAAUCACACCAAAUUUACAGCAUUUCACUAUAAAUAAAAAUAAAUUUGCAAAUGCAUAUGAGCCAAAAAGGAGAAACAAAAGAAUAAAUUGUAACAGUCGUGUUUGAGGCAAAAUUGUAACUGCCGUUACCUUGCUGCACUAAUGAACACAUAUGUACUUAUGUUCAAAACGACACACAUUUUAAAAAUAAAACACUUGACACAAACAAUUGUUUACACGUCCAUCUAGUCUGAUUAAUAUGUAAAUUUAGUAGAUUAAAUUAGUCUCACUGACUGGAGAAUGAGCAACAUGACUUCCGUGUCGCUGAUUAAUUAGCUUUAUUGCCAAUAUUAACAGCAAUCUCCAACCAUCAGAUUAUUAUUAUCGGAUUAUCGGAACCUUCCCAUUCAAAAUGGAUUGGACGUCUAUCCCGUCAGUGGCAGCCAAUGAGUCAUGAACUAAUAAGAGAAACAUAUGUUUCAUUAGAAUGCAACAGUAGGAAAGUCGUAAUUUGACAAAAAUGGUCUGUAGUUUUACAAUAAGGUUAUUAAAUAAGAUACUUUUAUAAUUUAAGAAAAAUCAUUCACCAGAAUAAAGUAAUAUUCCUCUCCAAAAAAGUUUCUUAUUUUCCGGGCUAUAAAUCACACUAAUUGCUCCUCAAAAAUGCAACGUACUCCAGUGCGACUUAAGUUUCAUCAUUCUUUGACUAGUGUGUGUAAAUGGGUCAUUUUUAAUAGGGUGCUAUUUUUGUCCCCAGUAUAAAUUAAAGUAUUAUUGUGUUUUCACUCCAGUUGGACAAAUACUCAUUCAACUUUAUUUUUUGUGUAUUAUCAAUCAAAUGGUACGUGUUCCUAAAUUCUAUUUUUUAAAUUUGCUUGUUAUGAAAUUUGCUAUGUCCCUAGUGUGUUUAAUUCAAUUUCGGUUUAAAAUAACUAAUAUAAGUAAAAAAAAAAAAAAAAAACUGAUUUUAUUGUCGUGGAUAAACUAUCUAUAAACGUGUUGUUUUUACAUUAAAAUAUAUUAUUUAUAUAUUAAAAAAUAGUCACUGCCCACUCUUGUGUUAUUAAUAACAUCCCUUUUCUGCGAUAAUAUGGUGGGAAAUUCAAUUGCGGGAAGCAAUUUUAUUUAUUUGUUAAAAUUUAUUUUAAGUCAGAAUUAGCAAUUUUAUGAAUUACGUUCAGUGUGGUUAAUCAUAAUAUGUCCACUCUGUUAAAGAAAUAAUUUCAAAAGAUUUAUUUGUAAAAUUAUAGAUUUCUCAUCAAGUAUCCAAAGUCCCUUUUAGCUAUUAUGCUAGUAAAGCUAGGCUGGAAGCUAAAUUUAGUAAAGCUAGGCUGGUCGCCAAGUUUAGCACUAAAUGUCACAUCUGUUACUGUCCACUCUGUUAAAACUAUACAUAUUUUAAAAAAUAAUGGAAUCAUUUCAAAAGGUUUAUUUGUAAAAUUAAAGAUUUUUCAUCAAGUAUCCAAAGUCCUGUUAGCUAUUAUGCUAGUAAAGCUAGGCUGGGGGCUAAGUUUAGCACUAAAUGUCCUUUCUGUCAAUGUCCACUCUGUUACAUCCAAAUGGCAUCCUGUUAAAAAUAACGGUGCAAUUUAUAGUCCGAAAAAUACGAUACUUUCAUACUCGAAUAAUUGUACUUUCAUCCUUAUGAAGUUGUAAAAGUCAUCAUAGUAUAAAAAAGUUGUAAAUUGUAAAAUGAGUGUAAAGUCGUAAUUUAAUGAGAAUCCUUUUGUGAUAUGACAUUAAGUUCAAAUUGUUUGAUACAUUUGUUUUGAACAGUCCGUUUGAUGAGAACCUCAUAGUAUAAGAUCAUAGUUGUUAUAUUCAGUCUUUGUUACUUGAAGCACAAACCGUGAAUAGUUGUGUAGAAGCUUCCACAAAUGUGCACACUUGCAUGUUGACCUUAGUCAAUCAGGGUAGCCGAUAUCAGCCUAAGAAGAAGAAGAAGAAAAAAAAAGCAUUCCGCUUAAUCGUGCACGCUCUCCUGACUGGGAGGUCUUCCUUUAUUAGUCAUUAUUUAUAUAUUUUUAUUCACACGACGGUACACAGCACUUCAAUGUAAAUUUUACACCCCUGUGUGACUACCUACCAGCAACGUGCCAUCAAAUGUGUGCAGUGCCUUGACAUCUGCUUCUAUUGAUUUUGUUUGAAAUCUUCAGUUUGAGAAAAACAAAAGGUUCAGAGGUCACCUGGAUCAACCAGCAAAUUUAAUUGUAGUUCUUGUACUAAAUGUUGAUGGACAUUGACACAGGAGUAUUAUGGACACCCUAUGAAGGAAAACACAAGUGAGAACAUCAGGUUAUGUUCAUUAAAAAAAAAAAAAAAAAUGUACUAAUGUCACAUUGUUAAUAAUUUGUUAUUGCCAAUCGCCUCCCAAGUUUGACACCUUAUUCAAACUGCUCCUACUUCAGAAAUGUUCUAAAUAUUCACGUGAUGCAGCAUUGUAUUUUUAAUAAGCCUAAAAGUUUCAGACACCCGAAAACUCCCAAGUUUUUCUACCAUAGGCGGAGAUUGAGGGGGGGGCCCCGGCAUCAUAAAAAUGAUGUAAUUGCAUACAGGUUAAAUCCCCACUAACUCCAAGAUUAAGCCUAAUGUCAAAAAUUCUAAACUUCCCCUUUUUACAAAACAAAAACCUAAAAUGUUCUCUAAAAAGGUUGAAAAGCAAUAAAACACAACAAAAAUGAAUGAAAUGAACAAGAAUCCUACAAAGUAUUUCAUAAUGGGUCAAAAUUAUUUUUCAGACGGAUCACGUGACUAGCCCCUUAGAGACUGUCCUUUGCUUUGCUUAGCCAAAACUACACCUGAGGAGACAAGAUGGAUAUUUUAAAACUAAGCUUUCAAAAGCUCCAACAAUUCACUGAGCUUUAACCAAGGCUUGAACACGAAAAGUGUCAAGAUGUACCGUAUUUAUAUAUUGUAAGUUAAUUUUAUUGCUAACACUGUGUUUUGGGGCCAUCAAGAUGUUUUGCCCCCCACCCCCACCCCAAAAGUCAAACUCCGCAGAGAUUUCGAAUUGCACAUUUAAUUGGAGUUUUUUUUUCUACAUUCCUCGUUCAAUGUUCACUCCUAUUGGUGUUCAACUCAGACCUACAAGUUUUUUUAUAUUAUAAAACAGGAAGUGACCUUGAAACCCCCCCCCCCCCCAAUCAACAGGAAUUUAUCAACUGCCAUGAUGAAUUCCUAUGCAAUUUCUCCAGGAAUUUGCGUUUUCUAGUAUUGAACCUUUGACAAUUCUCAGUGUUCAUCCCAAUGUGGCCCUAAUACACCUGCGUAGACAUUCCAAAUCUGAAUACGAUUGCUGUUUUGUCGCGACGACCAACAAAAGAAUUGGUCUCGCAUUUCCAAUCCGAUCAAUUGAAACCAAACAACUAGAAUAAACCAAAUGUUCAUUUGUUAUUUAACACUGUAUGAUGUUAUUUCACGCCUGUAGUGGUAGCUCCAUAUUUUGUAUUUUUGUCCUAUGUGCAUAAAAAAGGAGAUACUUGACUUUUAUUUGACUGUAAAUAUUUCAAUUUGAACUGAGAUUUUGUUUUUUGUUGGUUUGUUUUCUGGACUUUGGCAAAUAUUUGUUGGUAGUAAAGUUUGUGGCGAAUUAAUGUUGAAACUGCCGUCUUUUAUAUUACGAUGUAAAGCUUUGUACAACCCGAACAUGACGUAAUUUAACGCAAAGGAUUCAUGUGUACAGUUUUCAUACAAAAACGAGCUUCAUGAAUCGCAACAGUCGUCACUCCAGAUGAUUUCCAUGGCAGUUCCUGAUGCAGUACGACUACACUUCAGUAUUUUUAUAAAGCAACUGUACACUUUGAAAAAGAAAAAAAUCACAAAUAAAUGUCUUUCAGUGUCAUGUUUGUCUUUUUCCCAAUUAAAAUACAGACACAAAAAAGAUUUAUAAUGUUUUAAUAGGUACACAAUUUCUGUACAUAUUCAAAUUUUAAAUUACAAUAGCAAACUAUAAUGACAGUGUCAUCAGGGGUCAAAAUGAUGAAAUAAAAAACUCAUCUAUUAAAAAUAUGCCGGAAUUGUGUCGUACGGAAUGUUUACAUGCUUGUCUGUCGGUAAAUAAAACCUUUUAAAAAUGUUCACGGCACUCAAGUAAUGUUGGACCCCAUUUUCUAGCAUCCGAAGGGUGAUUCCCGCUCAACAGUUGACCCCUAAUCCAGUCCAGUGGUCAGGCACCAUGAGGAAGUAUUUGUCCAUGGCCUCGCAAAAGCGGGCACGGUACAGCUCGGGUGACACUACGGUGGGCAUCUUUCCUGCAAAAAAAAGAAUAUCCCACUUAACCCUUUCAUGAAUGAAUUUACAUAUCUUCCAGACUAUAAAUCGCACUUAGUUUGGUUGGGCCUGUGACUUAUAUUUAGGUGCGACUUUCAAUGUAUCGCAAAAGUCAGUACACCCCUCGUAUUUCUGCAGGUAUUUAAGUAUAUCUUUUCAUUGGACAACACUGUCAAAAUGACACUUUGACACAAUGAAAAGUCUGUGUGCAGCUUAUACAAAAGAGUAUAAUAUCUAAACCCCUGGCAACAAAAGUGAGUACUCCAUAGAAACU